AGAGGAAUGGCGGAUCGAGUUUCCAAGAGUCUUCUUGGAAACUACACCAGACGCGCUAAACCAGAUUUGACGCCUAUUUCUUUGUCUUAGACCUCUACCUUCCAGUAUUCAACCUUAAUUUGAUUUCUGUCUGCGAUUCAGAAUUUUUUGCAAUUUAGAAGAACUUUUGUUUAGAGAAAAGGGGGGUAAAAAUGGGGACGGCUGUUAUGCAGGCGCAGGAUUGUCUGAGUCCUUAUGAGGGCUUAACGGGGGCUGUUUAUCGGGCCCCUGCGAAACCGAAAUCUAAGUCUCCAAGCAGGAAAAAAUCACAGCAGGAGAAGAAACGGCCAUUAAAGUCAGAGGUUUGGAAAAGAUCUGUCAAGAGCCAGAAUUGUCAGCCAGAGAAGGAGAAAUCCAACGUGAAGGAGCAGGGUAAGAAUAAUAUGGUGAUGGAGCAAGUCACGAUCUUGAAGAGGGGAGAGACAGUCGGUCAUGCGAUUAGCCCUCCCAAAGCUGAAUUUGCAGCUGCAGGGUUCGAACCUGCGACCUUUAUAAAAAUGUCAAAUUCAAAGCCGAGGACAGAGAAAUGGGCCGGCCCUGCGUUUGCCAAUUCUCCGUCGCCGAGUUGCUUGCCGUUGCCAAAAUUUUCCUUCAACAAGAUGGCGGCUCCUGCAGAGGAAAAGGUUUUAACUGAAGAAGAUUUGGUGCGGAUUUCUGCUACGAGGGAUCUGAGGCGCUUGUUAGGCCUGGUCUGACUGAUCUUUUGGCUGUUUUACCAGAAAUGGUUAAAUGUAUUAUCUGAAUUGAAUUUAGUGCCAUGAUUGUCCCAAAUUUUAAUAGGGAAGAACAAUCUAGGAACUGACAUCAAUUUGUAGCAUAGUGAUUUCAAUCAAAUUGAGGUCUCAGUCGAGGGAGGGUUUAAAUUGGUCUGGGCGAGGUUCUCAGCCAAUAUUUUUAUCUGUGCAAUUAAGCUUUGCAGGUGACGAGAUCUGGUUGAGUUGAGGCCUAUUUUCUGUUAUACUCUGCUUAAUGUAUUGAAGAUAUUAAUAAGGGGUAAUGUAGCUUGUCCGCCAUUAAAGCUAGGUAAGAUGAGUCGAUGAACAAGUUAAAGUUUUGUUUAUUGCAAGUUGUAGGAAGGAAGUAACUGUCACUUGACAUGGUAGCCGCUGUCAAUGGUGUUGUUAUAAUUUAUCUCGCCAUGAAAGCUGUCCACGGAUUGGAUUAUAUUCUUCAGACUUGAUAUGUAUCAGUAAAAUGUUGUAGUCUUCUAUUUGUCCAGGACUUGUAACGAGGGGUAUAAUCUUAUUGUCUUUUAUCUUCUGAAAAUAGUAAAUGGUGGGGGCGGGACUCGAUCCUUCGU